AUCUCCGUUGGCGCUACAUUCGCCAAGCUGGAAUCGGAAUCCUCCUCGGCAUGGCGUGCAGCGAGCCUAAUAGCGCGCGAUUUCAGCCGAAGCGCCAAGCCGUGGCGGCAGCAGCGACGUAAUCGUUCCUCUUUCGCCUGUACUUUGUGCGCGUUCAGUGUUUUAUAACCUAGAAAUUCUGGUGUGUUCAUUCGAAUUUAAUAAGUAGUUUGCCGAGGCGGCGGUGCAACGGGAGGUUGUCCCCAGCUAUUGAUGUCGCUUAUAUAUGCGGCCAGAUAGGACGCUGAUCAUUCAUCCGGUGGUGGUUGGGAGACUGGCUGCAGCAACGGGAUAAGAAUCAUGCCGAGGAAGCGCAAGCUGUCGGAUCUGAGCGAUCGCUGUCGCCUUUGCUUAGUGCGCGAUGCUUGCAUGAGUCAAUUGUUCACCGACUGGAUUCGCCCGAAGCUUGAGGACUUGGAGAAAUGUUCCGCGAUCAAGGUAUCGGAUAAACCAAACUAUCCUAAAAGCAUCUGUUAUGUGUGCCUUUAUAAGCUAGAAAUGUGGAGUCAAUUCAAAUCACAAUUUUUAAAAACCAAUAAAACCAUUGUUACGCACUUCAAAGUAAUCGAUCAAUCGAUAUCUGAAUCACAUAUAUCCAAGAUAAUAAAAUACGAAAACACUGCUGACGAUUUAUACUCAGAGGAUAAUAAGAAACGACUGAAACUUAAUAUUUCUGAACCUGAACCAGUACCCAUGUUAGAAAUAAGUCAAAAAGAAACUGAUAAAUUAAUUCCAACAGAUCCUGUAUCGAUAGCACUGGCAAAAUUUGUCGAGGACAUUAACAGUGACUCGCUAUUAAUUAGUAACGACAGUAACAUGUCCUUUGUAAGUAAAACGAUUGAUCAAAUAAGUACAACUGCCACAGUAAAGCGGAAAGUUGGGCGUCCCAAAAAAAUUGAACGAGAAGCUUCGACCAAACGAUGGGUUGAACGGAAGAAUGCACUCAUAGCCGCAACAGGAUCUGUUCCCUCUGAGAGUGACUCCGACACUGGCCCGCAUUUGUCACCUGUGCAAAAAGCACGGGCUAAAACGAAUGACAAGGAUCCUGAUAAGCAAAAAAAAAUUGAUAAGGCUUUGAAGAAUCUAGAAAUGAACGUGGCGGAUAAAUAUAAGAUUAAUCAGGAAGAUGCUAUUAAUGAUGAAAGAACGAUGAGAACAAGGAAAACAAAUGUCGAUGAUCAAAUAAUUGAAGUUAUAAAUAUAGAUGACACGCCAGUUUUCGAAGAGAAAAAAUUGGAAAAUGUGAAAAUUGAAAUUAAAGAAAAAGAGAUGGAGAAUGAGGUGAUUAUGGAGAAGAAUGAUAUAAGUGAUACGGAAAUAAAAUUUAUAGAUACUAAAAAAAUAGAAGAAACUGAAUUUGAAAAGGACGUACAAAAAGACUUGGAUAGUGUAAAUCUGUCGGACUGUUCGAUGAAUAUUGAUCUUUCACAGGAUAUUGAUAUCGACUUUAAGCCUCAGCUGGUGACAUCUGAAGUGGUAGUGGGAAAUGCUACUUAUGUUAUUACGACUGUUCUAGAUCUACCGAACGCUUCAAGUUCCAAGAGUGACAUAUCUUUGAAAACGAAUGGAAUUAGUAUCGACGCCACUAAUCAGGAUGGCAGAAAAAUUGACCUAAUGAAUGCUAUUAAGCUUCAAAGGGUUAACCCAAAUGACGAUAAUUCAUUUAUUAAACAAAAUAGCAACAUAAAACCCUCCGAUGUCCAAAAGUGCCUAAAAAUUGAGAUCGAAGGUUUGGAGAUAGAAGCGCUCCAGCGAGUCCAAUUGGAGCUCGCCCAUUUCGUAAACGAGGACGUGCGCAAGCGGCUCUUCGAGGAUAACCCCGAUCUUCACAAUCUUGAAAUAAAGCCAAUGAAGUUCAAGAACUCGUACGAGACGCUGGAGUACCAGCUGAAAUCGAUAAUCGAAAAGGUGCUGCGCAAUAACUACGAUUCGGAGGUCCUUACGCCGGCAAUGUGCUCGAAUCAUCAGAAGAUCUCGCACGAAUUCGCAAAGGCGGCCGAACGCUCACCGAUCUUCCAGCCGCGCGUUAUCCUCACCCGGAUGAAUCUCGGGCUCUUGUGCCGGAUGUACCACGUAAGUAACCUCCAUCUACUCGAGGCCGUAAAGAGGCAGCGGGGCCUCGUCGGCCCCCUCAGUCGGACCCUCGGCAAGCGACGUCACGUCUUGCCAAAAAAAUACGACGACUUCGCUCUGACGAUGAAUGUGAUUCCGUCGGACGAGGAAUCUACAGACAAGAAGACUAAGAGGAUAAACGCCAAACUUGGGCCGACUAAGGCGCAGACCAGUCCCAAGAUCACGCAGUUCGUUCUCGAGGCUCUCGGGGAGGACGGAUCGAUAGUGAUAGAUGAUGGAACGUGUACGUCACCGACGAUCGUCGAUAUUCCGCUCACCAUUGUCGCCGAGACGUUGCCCAACAACAAACCGAUAGCCGUGCCGCUGAUAACGACGAAACCGUUGUCCGUUGGCAAUACAACCUUAACGCCCCUGCCGUCGCUCGUCAAUCGAACUCCCAUUGUUAAUUGCAUGCCUCCGGUGAAGAAGAUGACCGCCACGAGCAAGGCGACGAAACCCUCCAUUGUAAGUAGCACGCCGAAGCCGCUCAAGCGCCAGCGGCACAUAUGCGGCAUCUGCGGCAAGGAGUUGUUCUCGAAGGAGGAGGCCGAGGCCCAUGUGAAGAAUCAUAAAGUGGACGCGGGCUCGGGUAGGCCGGGCUCCGAGCCCACGACCAAGUCCAAACCCAAGCUAAUGAGAUGCAAACGCUGCCAAGCGAUAGUCGAGGCCAGGCACGUUAAGAGCCACGUCUGCAAUUCGGUCAAGUAUAACUGCAAUCUGUGCGAGUGCACUUUCGGGGUCGAGCACCUGCUGGAGGCCCAUCUCGAGACCCACGCCCAGUACAAGAUCAGGCAGGAGGCUGCGAACAAAGCAUCCGCGAGCAAGAGCGGCAAGACGCUCAAAGAGGUGCAGCGUGUCGUCGUGGUGCAGGAAAACAACGAGGUACAUAAGAUAGCGGAACCAGUACCGGACGAGGAACUGGAGAUAGCGCUGUCGUGUAAGGAGCCUCAAGGCUAUUCGUGCUUCGUCUGCGACAAGAUCUUCGUUGACGAGGAGCAAAUGAAAGAUCACCUGCAGAUGCAUUGCGAGGAGGUGAGCGACGAAGGCAACGAAAAGGGCUUCCAGUGCGCUUUCUGCGGCGAGAAGUUCCAGACGGAGGAAUCACUGGAGAUGCACGUUGGCAGCCAUCUUCACGAGGAUAGCGACGACAAAAUCAACCUGCUGAUAAGCAUGGAAUCGAGACGGGACAAGCAGAAGAGGGCGGUGUUUCGAUGCGAGCGAUGCUCCGAGUCGUUCGCCUCAUCGCUCCUCCUCGCAACGCACUUACCACUCCACGAGGAAGAGGACGCGAUGCUUGCAGAGUACGAGAAGCAGGACGUCGAACAGGAGGCCCACGUUUGUACCAUCUGCGACGAGGUUUUCGACACGGCGGACGAGCUCUCGGAUCAUCUCGACGUGCACAACGGCAAUGUGCACGUAUGCAUAUUAUGCGAAAAGCCCUUCUCGAGUAUUAGGGAUCUACAGGAACACGUGUCGACGCACUUGUGAAAUGUAGCCACGAACUCGCAAGAAGACUUUCUCUGAUGAGUUUUAUCAAACUCUGCCAAGAAUAAUUAAUUAGGUGCUGUGCUUUUUUAUUCACUCGGAAUGUUUUACUCGUGACUCACUGGCCUACGACCUCGAAAACGUACGCGGUCAUUGUUUACGAGGCAUUGUCAAAGAUUCUUCACUCUCUCUCUCUCUCUCUCUCUCUCUCACUCCCUCUCUUUUCAAGUCGACUUAUUUUCUGUACUUUAUUCUUUCAAUUGAAUUGGAAAUGUUAUGUACUGGGUAAACGGUUUUGUUAGCGGCCCCUCGUCAUUAACAUGUUUCUUUCGACUUUAUUGUUUAUUUGCUAACUCUUGGUUUCCCUUCGAAGGUCAAUGGUCCUGCAAAUCAGCCAAAUAAAGAUAAAAAAAAAAGUAUAUAUUUAUUAAGAUUAUUUUGAAAUGUAAGCCUUAUGCGCAUAGUAGCACAUUGGCAUUUAUAUUCGAAUAAAUUUAAUAAACAUUAUCUAAAAAUGUUAUUUAACAUAUUGUUAAAUUAAGAUUAAAGGGCCAUGAGAGCACAAACGUAUUGCAUAUACGCUAAGAAUGUGUACAAUAGAUUCGAUAUUUAUCAUCAAUUUUGAGAUGAUGAGCGCAAUAUGUUUUCAUGUGAAAAACUAGUUACUAAUAUGUAAAAAAUUUUAUUGUUUGUAAUUUAUUAGCAAUAUAUUUUGAUGGUCUCUUGUUCCGCCUGUCGUCAUUAACAUCAUUAAUUUCUCGACGGUCAUAUCAUUUCUUGUGUAUAAUAAAUACUAUAAAUGUUUUAAGAAAAGGACACCUAUCGAUAAUUAGAAUUUACACUCAUUGAAUUUCCUGGAGAUGCAUUAUUUUCUGAAACUUCUUACCUAACGUACAAAUGAUAUAUUUUUUGUAUUUAUUUCUCUUUAAGAAAUUGAUUGAUUGUAAAUUCUUAUAUUUUAAAACGAACAUGUAGUUAAUACAACAAUCCUUUCAUUUAUUUGGGCAUUGAGAUUGGAUUUUGUCGUUUUAAUUACUACUGUUACGCAGUCGAAUGGCCCUUUAAUAAUGAGGUGCAAAGUUAUUAGAAAGAGGUUUAAAAAUGUUCAAUUUGUAAGAAAAUUCUGUUUAAAUGUCAUCUGUUACUUAUGAACUUAUUUUUAUCAUUUAUAAACAGCGUUAAUUAAAUCCUUUUCAUUCACAGAAAAUGCUGGGGAUAGAUUUCUUGAAGUCAUUAGACAAAAAAUAAUAGUUUUAUUAUUAAUGGUAUAUGAAAUGUAUAAUUUAAUAUAAUAACGCAAAUCAAUUAUUUACUUUUCAUUCGUUUACAUUAUGUAGUGGCCAUUUUCGAGAACAUUUUCAUACUCGAAAAUUUUCUCAUUGUAAAUACUAUGUCUUUAAAAGACAUAAGAAGUUUCUUUACUACAUUAUAAUGUAAAAAAAAUGUUAAAACCUACUUUUACUAU